AUGGAGGAACACGAAACAGUCCUCUCUGAAGUUCACAUUGGACUUCCAGUCUGCUCUACGUCGACCAAUGUGGUGUCGAGAUUCGAAUUCGAGGUUCCAGCCGGUCUUUCGCUUCGAAUCGAGCGGAACUCUGAGGAAAGCAGCGACAGUGAGGAUCAGGAACCGCCUAGAAGGAGACAACCGCCUCGUGAAGUUUUGUUCAUCGAACAUAACAUGGCCACGGCUCUGAGCGAUGUGGGACUCCAGGUUUGGCCGGCUGCGUUGGCAAUGGCCGAUUUCUUGCUUCACGAGCACGAAAAGUUCAAAGAGUCUCUUCUUCUGGAAAUCGGUGGCGGUGUGGGUCUCUGUGGUCUGGUUGCGUCUCGGGUUGCCAAGAAGAUCGUCUGUUCGGAUUACAAAGCAGAAAUCGUUGACGCAAUGAAGACGAAUUUCUUGAAGAACCGCGGCGUGGUGCGCGAUAACUUCGAGUGCCUUGUUCUAGAUGUGAAGGACGCUGAAGUUGUUGACUGUGAUUUUCUGUUCGGCAGUGACUUAAUUUACGACGAUGAGAUAACCGAUAAUAUUCUGAAUUUCGUCAAGAGAUCCCUCCUCAAAACUACUGUCGCUUUCUUCUUGUCCCUAGAAAAACGCUUCAAUUUCACGAUAGACAAUUUAGAAGAGUCAUGUCCUGCGUACAAGCAUUUCCGGGAGUGUUGUCAACGGCAGUGCUUACAAGUGGAAAAUAUUGAUCUCGAAGCUGUCCCUCAGUACUUCAAGUCGUUGCCGAGAUCAAAACAUAUAGAAAUAUUAGAGAUAAGGAUUCAAACGCCAGAUCCAUAG